AGGUUUGAUCGGGACAAAAAGGCCAACUUGUUCGGAAGAUUACCAAGAUUUUUACAAACAAAUUCGAUGGUCCAUAUUAUACUUGGACUUGUGUGCCUCCCGAUAGAAAAGAGAGAUACUUCAUGGAGUUUGCGGAACCGUUCAAGAACAUUUCAACACCAUCUGUAACCGCCGGAUGAAGGGCAUGGUUAGCGAUGCAAGGACGGCUUGAAUUAAACCUUCAUGGAUUGAAGGUGAGCUCUGGAAAGAGAUGGUUGCUAAUUGGGAUACUGAAGAACAACAGCAAGGAGUUCCACCUAUUCCAAGUGUCGUAUGUUUGACCGUAAUGGUCUCGGUCCUCACAUCCACUUAUCAGGCCCUAAGUCAUAUAGGAAGAGGAGUUGGGAAGAGAGGUCAGUAUGGGUGAAGUUUUUUUCUAAACACAUACAAAGCCGGAUGGUUCUUAUGUUGAUGGCAAGGCAGAGAAAAUCCAUCAAGCUUAUCAGCGGAAGUUGCAAGAGAAGAUGGCUGAGCUCGAGGCAGAUUCAACUGUUUCAGAUGGUACUUCACACCGUCGGGAGCUCACCAGCGAUGAAUGUACUGCCAUCUUUCUUGAGUGCACUGAGAAGGAUUCACGUGGAACUCCUUAUGGUGUUGGAAGCCUCAAAUAUACUCUUGGCAAGGGAAGGGCAAUCAAUAAACCGAAGCCUUUCUUACAUUGCAAGAACAACUGAAGGAAGCCCAACGCCAGAUUGAAGUUCAGGCUGAAAUUCAGGUGACUCUCAACGCUGAAGCUGCUGCUCGAGAAAAAGAGACUGCUCUCCUUGUGGCUGAGCAAAAGCAAGAGAUCAAAGAGUUGACGAUGAUGGCAAAGUUUAUGCGCCACACUAAUCCAGCAUACCUGGAGUUUAUAGCCUCACAAUCAGCUGAGGAGGACGCUGAGGAGGAUAAUCUUCUAUCAACAACUCCAUGAUCAA